CGAGAUGUAUACUUCACAUCUGUACUUCUACCUUUUUAACAGGUUUUGGAUAGCUGUUUAUGUAUCUAUUUAGAUAAAAAUAUUGAUUAUGUUAAUCGAUCGCACCUUUCGUCUUUGUAACCUGAGUUAAUAUAUAUGUACAUAUAUAUAUUGAAUUUAUAAAUAUAUACAUAUCAUAUUUUUAUAUUUAUGUGUGUACAUCUAUAUUUGUAUGGAUGUAUAUCCAUAUAUUGAAUAUAUUUCAGAUUAAUUGCCAGAGCAGUGCAUAUAUUGAAUAUAUCAUGUGGUUGCGUGUGGGGCCCGCAGCGGGUUCCUUUCCCGGAGUUUCGAAAUUCAUUCAAACUUGGGCAAUGUUGCAGUCUUUGCUUGCCACCGCGAUAGCAAAUAUGUAUGCAUGUUCAUCCCAUCCCCGUCUAUGGGUGUACGCCAAUGGUAGUGCUCUACCUUUCUGCGCUGAUGAUGACGGCGGUGCCCUGCAAGCUGCUCUUCAGGAGAUCUCAGGACAGCGUACUGUUCCCAAUGUGUUCGUUAAGAGCACACACAUCGGUGGAAACGACGACCUCCAGGCUGCCGUCAGGAGCGGUUCUUUCCAGAAGAUGUUGAAGUAA